ACCUAUAAUUAUCAAGUUUCGCGACAUCCAAAAAAGAACGGCAGUUCCUAUUAAAGUAUUUUACAAAUUCUGUUAACGGUUUUCUCUUAAAAUGGCACAAACAAAAUCUGUUGCAAAAUUUUGGAUCACAACCAGUGAGCAACUGGAACUCGUCCUGAUGCACGAAACGCGAUUGCAAACGGUUGAACCCACGAAGGAUGUGCGAAUAGUGCACCGACUGGUGUCCGAUCUGUACUGCCGUUAUGUGCAGCUGUGUCGAAACCUGGAACGAUGCUUCGACCAAACGCUACAAGUGCAAAAGCGAGCGGUAAUUCAAUGUCUCCUAGAAGCGGCCCAUACACGGAUGUUGGAAUGUCGCACAAAACUGCAGGACAUCGAAUUGAGCGAGUUUGUGUACGUGGAUGGAGCGUUGCAGGAGCAACAUCUGAUACCGGACGAUGUGCAGGCCGUUAUACCUUGCUAUUUCCCGGCCAAACGUCCUGCAGAACUGCAAGCAUUAAUUGAGUCUCGGAAAUUGGUCCAGUUCGGGUGCGAAACAAGCGACACCGAAGACAGUUGCUCGGAGGAAAGCGAACUUGAGGAAGAAACGGUUGCACCGUCUCAGGGAUUAAAGCGACCUGUAGUACAACGUGAUCGUCCAAAGGAACGACUCCGGGCAGCUCUCAAUCUAAUUACAGCACACGAAAAAGCACGUCAGGCGCGAGUUCGGCAAACAAAUUUUCGUCUUCACCCGGACCGAUAUUAUCCGAAGCCGAUCGAUGAGGAGAUUGUGGAUGUGCCGUACGAAUUUUUCUACCGUCCGGGUCAGUUCAUGCUGUAUCCUGUGAAGCGUACCGUUUAUAAUUGGGACUUUCAGAUGAAGAAAAAAGAUGUGGUCCACUUUGCAUAUUACUCGCCGCCCGGUUGGGAAGAAAAGGCACCGGUAGUCGAAGUUAGUUCAACUGCAAAGGAGUUAACGAAAAAACAAACAGCACAAGCAGAUAAUGCCGCUGAAAUGGCCGAAGCAGAAGCGAUGCGUUUGGAGAAAGCAAUAGAACAGAUGAAGUUGAAUCAUGCAGCAGCAAAAAUACAACGCUAUUGGCGAAAGUAUCAGGUCGCGAAGACACAAAAAAGAGAUCGAUAUGAAAGAUCCAAGUUUUUGGGACUAUUUGACGACUAUGAACCGAACGUGCAGGAUGCGAUUGCCGUUGAGGAAGUACGGGCAGCCCGUAGAAACCAAAAGCCACAGUUUGAUCACACAUUUGUUGCUGCGAUAGCAGACGAAAGGGCACGAAUAUUGCGAACGCGUGGACCUGCAAUCCUUGAGGACAUUACUGAUUUUGUGCGAGCAUGGUUUCGCCAGUGGUAUGACGAGGCGCACGCAUUCGAUACCAUACCGGAACCAUUUCAAGGCGGAACAGUACUGAUCGUGCGUGGCGAAACACUCACACCCAUGGAAUAUUUGGAGCAGGAGCGGAAAAAGAAGCUCGACAAGUUAAAGUCAGCUGAGCAGAAGAAAAAGGAAGCCGAGGCGGCGAAGGCCGCUAAGGAGCGCGAGCUGGCGAAGAAGCUUGAGGAGAAGGAGCGACUGAAGGAGUUGGCUCGGGAGAAACGGGCCAGGGAAAAGAAGGAAGGCAAAACGUACGAUUUCACCGAGCCGGAGUUUAUGAGCAAUGCUUAUCUAACUUUGGAAGAAACUCUUGAACGAUAUCGCAAAGAUUGGGCGUUUGUAAACGAGCUCGACAAUGGGCAUGAUCUGCCCAUCAUGGAGUGGAUCACGUUGGAAAAGUUUGCCGAAGUGCACCAGGAACUUCACGCCGAAGUACAAGAGUUGCUGAAAUCCGAACGAGAGCUGCUACAAAUGGCACUGUGUAAGGACGAACGGAUGAAGUACAAACCACCGAAACCCAAGAAACCUCCCCGUGUAAAGGGCGCAAAAGGAAAGAAGCGUAAGGAACCGAUCGAUCCAACGGCUGAUCGGACGCUUGAAUCGAUGAUCGACGAGCUAAUCGAGCGAAAUGUGAUCAAAACCUAUCGGCACCGAACAUUGGAAGAUUUCAUCGGUGAUUUCAACUAUGCGGCGUACGAGCGACGGAACUGCCUGGAACAGGAUCCACCACCGGGAAUGGGUGAAGUGAGAACCAUUCUUCGAUCGUACCUGUACGGGAUGGGACCACUUGCCGCACCGAAACUGAAAUCAAUCUGUUUGCUGGGUCCACCCGGGUACGGCAAAACUUUGCUGCUUGAAGCGAUCUGUCACGAGACGGGUUCGGUGUUGUUUGAUCUUGGUGUUGAAUCUUGCGGUCCGAUCGAAUCCAACGAUAUGGCGUACUUUUUGCAGCUCGUUCUAAGAAGCGCCCGUUCGCUGCAACCUUCAGUAAUUGCGAUUGAAGAUGUUCAUCGUGCAUUCUACAAGAAAGUUCCUUCCACCGAUCAGUCGCUCGAUCCGUCCAAGUUAGGCAAACAUCUGUUCAAACUGAUCGUGAAACAGCUCAAGCCGGAAGAUAAAGUACUGCUCGUUGCUACCAGCAAUCAACCAUGGCUAGCCAAGGUAGGUCCGCUGAAGAAAUGUUUCGAAAAGUUCCUACUUCUUCCCCGGCCGGAUUACGGUUCUACGAUGCUUCUGUGGCAAUAUGCUUUAAAGCGUUUUCCCACCGUUCCGCGUGAUUUUGAUCUGUCCGCAUUGGCGAAAGUCACCACCGGUUACUCGGCAGGGCAGAUAUUACGAUGCGUACAGGAAGUGCUCAACAUAAGACGCCGCAUGCAGUUCGGCCGGAAGCCUUUACAGGUGCAGGAACUAUUAGAUCACUUCCUGACAGGUACGGAUGGACCACAGUAUCCCAUCGAUGACCGGGAGUACGAUAAGUUUGCUAAAUGGCAUCGAAAGGUAGACAAAUUGGCAAAGCAACGUACAAAACUGGUGCGCGAACGGGAGUUGUUAGCCGAACAGCUGAAGGCCAAGGCGGCGGGAGUGAAAAAAUAA